AUGGAAAUGAUUGAUUCAUCAGAAGACAUAGUGAUAGUAGAUAACCAACCGCUCACAGUUGGCCAUCUAAACAAAAUUAAAGCGUUUGCUGCGAAUGGUACGACUCAUUAUCCAAUUUCGACGUUAAACGCCCACUUAUUGAGUGGUUGGAAGUGGAACACUAUUCUAGGAUACAACGCUGCAGUUAAAAAAUUCAUAUUCUUUAAGAAUUUAUCCGGUAAUCACAAUUUCAAGUUACCGGCGUUGAAGAAAGAUAUCAAGGAUUUUUGCUUCUGGGCAGGAAGAAAUUUAUAUCUAAACAACUCGUACAAGAUCUCAGCACCGUCAAUCAAAAAGUAUCUAUGUGGUUUGAAAGCAUGGCAUACGUUUCACAACGAAGAAUACCCAGAGAUAGCAGACAAACGAAUUGAACUAUUACUUAAGGCAUCGUCCAGAAUAGAUGCGACGCUACCAAAAAAACCGAAGAAACCACCAAUUCUACUGAAACACUUGAUCUGGCUUUCGAACGCGUUAUUCCCCGGCGGGGAUAUUGAUAAAACAAUAAUGGAUCUGGCGAUUGUUUCUUUUUGGGGGAUGGCGCGUUUAGGCGAAUUUACUUACGACAACCCUUUCGGAGAAUUAAAUUCGGAAAACUCAGUUUUGACAUCAGACGUCAGACUAGUCAGAUCGGCAAUAGGCGAGAAAGCUAUUAUAACCGUUCGGAACGCCAAAACAGCGCAACCCGGUAAACCACAAGAAAUUGUAGUACAUAGUUUGAAAAAUAUGUUAUGCCCAGUGUUAGCAUUAAAACGAAGGCUAGAAGAAGCAAACGGAACAGACACCUCAUUGUACGCUUUGGGAACACCGAUCGAAGAAAUUUGUCUCUUGGGACGCUGGAUUUCGAACUCUUACAGAUUAUAUAUUCGGGAAUACACCGCCGAGGAUAAAGAAGACAGCAAGAAGAUAAUUGCGGAGUUAAAUGAAUUGUGGGAGGAAGAUUGA